AUUUUACACAGAUCUUAGGGUUAAUACCAUAAAAGCCAUAAGUUUUACAUCCCAAUUCUAAAUUAGCACUAAAUGGAUUUUUUAUGUCUAAUUAGCCAUUAUGUAUGUGUUGACUUUUGCCUCAAACCCAGUUAGCCGGUUUCCCCGGUUUCAUCCGGUUACCCCUUUACAAAUAGGGGUUUUACCGUUAGAAACCCAUCUUCCACCUCCUACUUCUACAUUCUCCAACUUCUUCUUCCACGCAUCAACUCCUUCAUGGCUAGUUCAUCUACAGGGUCAAUGACUUUAGGAUUUCAAAAUGUUAAUGUCAAUUUCAGGAACAGAAACAACCCCAUGGCUUUGUGUCGUUGUGGUGUUGAGGCUAGCUUCUCAAUUUCGUGGAUGGACUAGAAUCCUGGAAGAAAAUUCUGGGGAUGCAUUAACUACAAGGUAUUGUAAAUUCUUCAUGUGGUUGGACCCACCUUUACCUAGUGAAGAUUACAAAAACCUCAUGUACCAAAUGCAUUUAGCUCUGGUUGGUAUGGCUGAUUGCAAUGCUCAGUUGGAACAGCUGAAUGUGGAUCAAAAUAGGAGGUUGAUGUUGAUGAUGAAACUUAUGUUCAUCAUGGUCAUGCUAUUUGUAGUGAUCUUGGUAACAGGGACUAUAUUACUUGUGAAAUUAUAG